UGGUGACACACAAUCAGCACUAGCAAGUAGCAAGUUCGAUUUUCACUUUCUGGAAUCUGAAAAGUGGAACAUUCAAUUCAAUCCUAGCUAGCCAUCUGCUUCAAAGUUUAAAUUCUAAGAAACAAAUAAACCUUAGAAGUUAGAAGAAGAAGAGGUUUUGAAUUUAAAGAGAUGGAAUCGUCGUCCAUUGGAAUCCGAAGAUAUGAAGAGCUUCCAACGGUUAAAGACUUCGAGUCUCUGAUUGAACCUGCAAACGUUCCCGCUGUUUUUCGCGGGUGCACCAAAAGUUGGAAUGCCUUCUCCCAAUGGAAUCCAUCCAACGGUGGCCUCGACUACUUGCGGGCACGUGUGGGCUAUUGCACGGUGGAGGCUAUGGUAUCUCAAUCUGCACCCGUUUUUUAUGGUGAUCUUGGAGGCCACCAAAGGGUUCCUCUUCCAUUUUCUACCUUCCUUGAUUUUUGUAAGAAGCGGAUGCAGAUGCAAAGUAAGCACCAACAAGGCCUUGAUCAGUGUCCUGCCUCACAAACUCAUGAUGACACAGAACAUGCUUAUUUGGCCUUGGAAGAUGCUCCUGAACAAAUUUAUUUAGCACAGGUGUCAAUUAUGAACAGUGAUCGUCAGGAAAAUGUUCAAUUAGAAACCCUGAGGGAAGACAUUCAGACGCCUCCGAUUUUGGUGUCAAAAGAAUUAUCUUCUAUAAACUUGUGGAUGAACAAUGCCCAAGCUAGAUCAAGUACACACUAUGAUCCACACCACAAUCUUCUGUGCAUAGUUUCUGGCUGCAAACAAGUUGUUUUGUGGCCUCCUUCUGCUAGUCCCUCACUCUAUCCAAUGCCUAUAUAUGGGGAGGCUUCUAAUCACAGUUCUGUUACUUUAGAAAAUCCUGAUUACUCAAUUUAUCCAAGGGCAGAAUGCUCAAUGGAGUUUGCGCAAAAGGCUGUUCUUCAGGCAGGCGAUGCACUUUUCAUUCCUGAAGGCUGGUUCCAUCAGGUAGAUAGUGAUGAUUUUACCAUUGCAAUUAACUUUUGGUGGAGAUCCAACAUGAUGUCUUGCAUGUUGGAACACAUGGAUGCUUAUUAUUUGCGCAGAAUAUUGAGGAGAUUGAUUGACAAAGAAAUGGACCAACUACUGCUUAAGUUGGGGAUGGGGAAAACUAGGAUGUGUGUAUGUAAGCUGCCUAAUAAUGGACAAGCAGAUCACGCCAAUGAAAAUUAUGGUCAGAUGUUGAAAGGGAUGGAUUUAAAAGAGAAAAAUCUUGAAGAGAGGAACACAUUGCUAGAAUUAGAACCUGCUGCAGCCCAGGUGCUUCAUGAACUUGUGUCUUUGGUUCACAACAGUGUUAGUUCCACCCAGGAUGGGCAAUCACUAUCAACUUCUAUAAAUGAUUAUGAGCUUGCUGGGAAUGAUAAACAUGAGAAAAUAGUGACUUCUGACUUGAAAGAUGAUCCACUUGCUAAAAUUCUCUGGGACGUUGAACCACAAACUCUCCAAUGUGUUUUUCUUGCUAUGGCACAUAACUUCCCAAGAACUUUAGAGGCUCUUGUACUGCAUGUGCUUUCACCAGUGGGGGCCGAAGUCCUCACUCGGAAAUUCGAUGAAAUGGAUCAACAAACUCUUGAGGAAGAUCGGAAUAGAUUCUACGAGGUUUUCUACAGUGCAUUUGAUGACCAAUCUGCAGCAAUGAAUUCUAUUCUAAAAGGGAAAGAGGUGUUCACAGAACAGGCAUUUAAAAAUGUAUUGGAUAAAUUUGUGGGAGUGAAUCUGGAAAGCUGAAAGCUGGGUGUUAGAAGAAAUGCUAAAAGCAGUAAACUUCAUGGAUGAAUUGGCCUCACCGGUACCUCCAAAGAGUGAAUUGAUGCAUAUUUGAAACUGGAGCUUUUCUUUGUCUGGGUCUGUAGAUGCCAAAUGAAGUGAAACCUUAUGGAUGAAUUGGCCCCACAGGUACCUCCAAAGAUUAAACUGAUGCAUAUUGGAGACUGAAGCUGUUCUUCGUCUGUGCCUGUACUUCUAUUUGUCAGUUUACAGUUCAGAAGACGAUUAUCACUGAUUUGAACUGUAUUCAGGGCUGUAUAUACAAGUAACAUCAGUUGUAUACUGCUAUGUGAUUAAUACGUUGAAUUAGCAUUCCGAAAAUCUAUUGGGUUGAUUCUUUGACCCCACCAUUCAUGUUUUUCCAUAAAUUAAAGACUUCUACUUGCCAAACCAGUGUACACAACCAAAAUGAUGUUCCUUAUUUGUGUUGUUUCUACCUGAAAGUCUUCAUGUAUCACCUGGCUUAUAUGGGUGAAAAAAAGACGUAAUCUUGAUUUGAAACAAGUACAGCUCAAAGAGCUGGUUUAGAAGCCUUAGCUGGACAAAUUAUGAUUCA